AGAAUAGUGUAAAGAACAAGUGGUUAUUACAAAUAAAAUGAGUGAUAUAGCUGUUAUAUAGUUUGAAAUUAACAAUCUUUUUCAUUUUUUAUUAGUGAACCUAUCAUCUCUUCUACACAUCCUUCAAAAUGUUGAAAAAUUCCUUGUCAUGAUUGGGGUUUUACCGUCUCUAUGACGAUCUGACCGUUCGUUUCUUAGCAAACCUGUUUAUACAGCUGUAUAUCACAUUCUUUUGAUAUUUCGAAAAGUAAAAAAAGCGUGAAAAGCCGCUAAAAUACCAAAUUUGCGAUGGGCGGGAACGAUCCACCGAUGCUGACCCCGAGCGGACAACCGAUAAUGACGAUAGAUGAAUAUUUGAAAACGCUCGAGGAAACCACAUACGAGGAAGAAGGAGAUUAUCCUUUCGUCUCCAUAUUCGACAUACUGGACGCCCCCAGGAUUCUUCCAGAACCUGUCGAAUUAACUUACGAUCAUCUGAAGCAAGUGGAGGGCGAAUUGGGUCUGAUAAAGCUCUGUUGGCCGGAAGAGCAGAAUCCGGAGUUCGAAGGUAGGACCCAUUUUCCGCACACUUACACGAAGAACUCCGAGAAGGAGAAAAUGUUACUGUUUACCGCCGAAAAUUUCAGGAGGGAAUUCAGGUACAGAUUUCCCAACAGGAAGCAGAUGUUUCUCGCUUGCAAUAACGAAUGCAAAAUCCAGAAAAUGGUAUGCACUUCUAUUCGACCCACCACCUUGCCUUAUUCGGAGCUGGAGGACUGGCAAAGCUUGGUGUCUUUCUUCGGUGAUCACAUGGACUAUGAACCUCUAGAAAUAGCGACAUUGUUCCCCAACAGGCUCUGCUCGCCCCAGACCACAGUGUUCCGCCAAUCGGGCAACUGCUUCGAACUUUCAACGGCUCUAUGCUCCCUUCUUCUUGGGAUCGGCUACAACGCCUACGUCGUUUCCGGCUACGCAAUCCAAGAUGUCACCAUGAACGUCAUGAUCAGGGUCGAUUCCCCGUAUCCGGAGGAAACAGAAAAGGUGGAAGAGACGAAGGAAGAGAAGGUGGCCCAGAAGUACACCUUGAAGACGGGAAGGGACCUACGCAGUAAGUUCAUCAUGAUGAUGGAGCAGAGGGUCAGGGAUAAGGAAGCGGCCGAGCUGCAAAGGAAGAAGGAGGAAGAGCUUGAACUGAGGAGGCAAGAAGAAGCAUUUCCGGAAGAUGAUCUGGAAGGUCUGAGAAUACACUCGUGGGUACUGAUGCUCAAAGGCGGUAGAAAAAUCGACAAUCCUUUCUUCAUCGAACCAACGACUGGCAUUGUGCAUCCACUGAAUACUUUUGCUUACAACGGAAUAGAAAGCGUUUGGAACCAUCUGAAUUAUUGGGUAAAUAUGCAGGAAUGUACUCAGGAUUUGAGUACUCUGGAUUAUAACCUGCUAGACGUGAAAAAAUGGGAGCAUAUUCUACUUGGUGAACCUAUCGAAAGUCGAGAAUAUAGGGCGGAUGUGGAAGCAGAUGAAGAAGAGGUCGAGAGGAUUAAAAUAUAUCAAGAAAAGCAUUUAGAUAUGCCGAUAUCUUGGAGUGCCCCGAUCACAAUACCUCAUGAUAUUCUUGCUUCGCGAUAUCCGAGAGGAGUGAAAAAAACAUGGUACAAAAGAACUCUAGUCCAGAAUUUCGCGCCAUACCUCCAAGAAGAUGGUCUCGUAGCCAAAAUCACGAGGUACAAAGAUUUCGACUGUACCAUGCCGACAACCAUCGAGGAUUCCUACGAGAAUAGACAGGACAGAAUGUACAAGGUGAUUGCUAAUCUGGAAACUGGAAGAAUCGAAGAAUAUUUCAAGCCUGGACGGGAGGAUUGUGUCAUAAAACAUUCUUACUUUUGCUUCGAUAGUGAGGAGGAAGAGCAGACAAGGGUGAUCGAGUUCAGCUCAACCGCCAGAUACGACAGUUUGGCAUCGUUGACUGUAAAAGAUAACGAACUGACUGAAGUUUACGUCGAUAAAGAAUCCAGACUCUACUAUAGGCACACUACUUACUCGAGGAAAGGUUUUCCACCUCCAGGAAUGGUGGAAAGUCAUAAAAGGAUCAUGAUGAACGUCGUGGAGAAAUUCCACCGGAACGAGAACGUACAGGCCUCGAAGGACAUAGCCGAGAGGCAUUUCGCGAUAUACGACCGGGAGAUCCAUCUUCGUUUCCAUUACGACAGCGGCAAGGUGACGGCCUCCACCAGGACCUUCGUAAAACCGCCCAUCGCCGAAAUGGGCGAAGGGAUGAAAUUCAAUCCGGAUCUGACGUCCGGCUAUCAUGCGGACAUCAAGGUCGACCCGCCCACCAACCUGGAGCUCUUCCUGCUGUUCCAGGAGCAGCUGGAGGAAGAGGCCAAGUCGGUGCAGCACAUAAGAGAUCUCGAGGAUCAGAUUAACGAUUUCUUGAAACUGCGUAAUUUGGAAGUGGCCAUGGUGAAGCUGGAAGUGGACCUAUUCAAUAGGGAGCAUAACGAGCAGUACAGACAGGGGAUGCUUGAAAGGGAGCAGCAAGAAAAGCAACAAAAAGCCAAGGAAACCGAAGAGCACAUAGAUUACCUCCAACCAUAUCUGGAAAGGUUGGAUGACAAGGACUUCAUAUCUUCGGAGCAAGCAGCUGCGCUCAGAGAAUGGUGUUUGAAUGAUUUCAAAGCGAUUUUAUUGCAACGAGCUCAAGUUAUCCAGAAGCAAUUCGAAAGAGCGAGUGAGAACCUGAAUAGGAAAAACCAAUGGUAUAACAUGAUGCGAGAUAAAUUGAAACCGGAGGAGGAGAUUCAAUAUUUCGAAGAGCUGCAUCGUAUGAAUUUCGUAUUGCAGGCUUUUGUUGAACGCUUAGAAAGACAUAGGGAAUUAUCGUUCUAUAAAUACACAGCAAUGGUGAAAUAUCUGAACAAUCAUCCGAAGUUGGAAAAUCUAUUGAGGAAGGAAUAAUGGAUUAAAAAACAUGAAAAAAAUUUAUAUUUUUAUUCUGUUAAAAUCAUUACAACGAAAAUAAUAUAAAAUCUUUGGUUAUUAAAUGCAGGUUAUGUCAAUCACGAAUGGUAGUAGAAUAAAAACUUCUGGAAUGUCUCUCAAAAUACCAAAGGAACAAUAAGAUAA